AUGACUGCACUCACCCUAGGCUUGCGCGACCAAGCCUUAACUGUGUUAGAAGCUCUUGGUAAGAAACUUAAAGAUCGCGUGCAGCGCAUCAACGAAAACCAGCAGCAGUGUGCUCUAGAGGUCGAGAAGCUGGUGCGAAAAGCAUACCGGUCUGUACCCGCGCUCAUUAAAGGGAACCUGAUGCAGACAUUCAUCGACGGCAUCCGAGACCUUGAAGUCAGAGCUGCCGUGAGGCUCGGGCACCACGUGACGCUUAAGGAAGCCUUGGCCCAUGCACUUGAGGUUGAAGCCGUGCGGCAGGAUCAUUGUUCCCAUCGCGUCAGGGAGGUUGCAGCAGCUACAGUUCGCGAAUGCAGUAAUGGAUACAGCCCUAGGUGCUAUGGCUGUGUAGAAAGGGGCCAUCUUCGAUCCAGCUGCCCUAAGCGAACUGUAGAAAAGGAAGGUGAUCGAUUUCGAGGUGGUAGUGCGGCUAACGGCACCGCCCAGCAGCGGCAGGAUCAUCGUUCUCCUCACGUUAGUGAGAUUGCAGCACCUACAGUUCGCGACCACAAUAAAAGUUACAGCCCAAGGUGCUACAGCUGUGGGGAAAGGGGCCAUCUUCGACUCAGCUACCCUAAGCGAUCUGUAAAAAGGGAAGGUGAUUGA